AUGACCGCCUCUCACACCCCUGAUUCAGCUACUUUUGAUUCCGAAAAAGUUCACGUCAAGUGGGCUUCUGGUGAUGUUUCUCACUAUCAUAAUAUCUGGCUUCGUGAUGGCUGCCAAUGUGAAAAAGACUUCCAUCCCCUCACCAAGCAACGCCUCCAAGACACUUUUGAAAUCCCCGUUGACAUCAAGCCCAAGUCCGUUUCUGCUAAUGAAAACGGCCUCACAAUUGUUUGGGAUACACCUGACAAUCACGAGUCUAUCUACCCUACUGAAUGGCUUGUGAUUCACUCCUACGAUCCUAUUCUUGUCCCUGUCGAAAAGAAAACAGAAGAAUUGACACGCGAACUCUGGAAUACCAAGACCAUCAUGGCUGACUGGCCUGAAGUCAAUUUUACUAAGGUCAUGGAGACCGAAGAAGGCAUUACUGAAUGGGUUAAGAAGAUUUAUGUCAAAGGGUUUUGCUUUGUCGAAAACGUCCCUGUCACUCCAGAAGCCACUGAGAAGCUUAUUGAGCGCAUCUCUUACAUCAAGCCUACACACUAUGGCGGCUUUUGGGACUUUACCGCUGACCUUGCUAAAAAUGACACAGCAUACACAAACCUCUACAUUGCUUCGCACACUGAUGGUACCUACUGGAGCGAUACCCCAGGACUUCAGCUCUUUCACAUGCUUGGCCACGAUGGCGAAGGCGGUGAAAAUAUGCUUGUUGACGGCUUUAAGGCUGCCGAGAUCCUUAAAAAGGAGGAUCCCGAUUCGUAUGCUUUUCUUUCCAAGACUCUGAUACCCGCACACAGUGCUGGUGAGCCAGAAGUAUGCAUCCUUCCUGAUUACCCAAAGCCCGUUUUCACCCACCACCCUAUUACCGGCGAUCUCGUCCAAGUCCGAUGGAACAACUGCGACCGCUCUAUCAUGGACCAGUGGAACAACCCAGAGGAUGUUCCUAAGUUCUACAAGGCCAUUCGUCUGUGGAAUGAUAUUCUCACUCGCAAGGAAAACGAAAUUACUCUCCAGCUUAAGCCUGGCCAGUGCCUCAUAUUUGACAAUUGGCGCGUUCUUCAUGGCCGUCUAGGCUUUAACGGCAACCGUAGAAUGUGCGGUGCCUACAUCAACAGAGACGACUUUGUUUCACGUGCAAAGCUUCUCAAUCUUGGUCGUGAAAAGGUCAUCAAGCAUUUGUAA